CGCUUGGAGACUAGCUAUCAAUGUGCCUGAACCUUGAAUUUAUUUCUUUCGGGUUUCAUCUCUAGCCUACCCCAACUUGCUUGGGAAAAAAGGCUAUGUUGUUGUUGUUUGUUGUAUAUGUGCUUAUAGAAAUCUACAACGGAUACACUUUUUUCAAGUUAUCCAUAUAAAAAUCCAGACAUUUAUUAUAUACUCUGGGAUGAAUCUUUUUAAUGCCCCUUAUGUGCUUGCUGUGCUGUCUUUAUACAUUGGGAUGGAUCUUUUUAAUGCCCCUUGAGUUCUUGUUAUGCUAUUUUUAAACAGGUGGAAGAACUUUACUCUCUUGACGUGGACUCUCUUAGUGAACUGCGUAUACGGGCUAAUUUUUCUCUUCAAGUGGAUACCUGGGGAAAAGGAUGAACGGCCUGUUGUCAGAGAUCCUAAUCCAAACCUUUUCUUUGCUCAACAAGUCAUCAAUAAUGCAUGUGCUACUCAAGCUAUUCUCUCAGUUCUCAUGAAUCGCCCAGAAAUUGACAUAGGUCCAGAACUAUCUCAACUGAAGGAAUUCACAGGAGCUUUCACACCUGAUCUGAAGGGCUUAGCUAUCAGCAACAGCGAAUCUAUUCGGACAGCUCAUAACAGUUUUGCAAGGCCAGAGCCAUUCAUUUCCGAUGAGCAGAGAGCAGCGACUAAGGAUGAUGAUGUGUACCAUUUCAUAAGUUAUUUACCUUUUGAAGGUGUCCUCUAUGAGCUGGAUGGGCUGAAGGAAGGGCCUGUGAACCUUGGGCAGUGCGAUGGUUCUGAUGACCUUGAUUGGCUACGGAUGGUGCAGCCAGUUAUUCAAGAAAGGAUUGAGUGCUAUUCACAGAGUGAGAUUCGGUUCAAUCUCAUGGCAAUCAUAAAGAAUAGGAAAGAGGUGUACAGUGCUGAGCUGGAGGAACUGGAGAAGAGGAGGGAGCAAAUUUUGCAGGAGAUGAACAAUACUUCCGCCACAGAAUCCUUGAACAACUCGCUUACAGAGGUGAUAUCAGCAAUUGAGACAGUCAGCGAGAAGAUCAUCAUAGAAGAAGAGAAGUUCAAGAAGUGGAAGACGGAGAACAUCCGGAGGAAGCACAACUAUAUCCCGUUCCUGUUCAACCUGUUGAAGAUGCUCGCAGAAAAGCAGCAGCUAAAACCUCUGGUCGAGAAGGCCAAGCAGCAAAAGUCAUCAAGCGCUAGCACUAGAUGAUGGUGAAAUGUCAUAGGCCGGUAGACUGAUGUAUCAGGUGCCAAGGGUUAGAGAAAUCAUUGCUAAGGUUAUAGACCAUCUUGCUCGCUGUGGUGUGUUGUCAACUGCGCCAGUUUUGGUGAGCACGCACGUUGUGGAAACGGUCAAAUUGGUUGUUUAUUUUGUCAGUUUAUUAAUUGUUUUCUUCUGGAUUAUAGAAUGUGUGGCUGUGGAUCGUUCUGGAUUA